CUGUGCAGUGCGGGGAGGCCCGUGGGCGCUGAGAGAAAGGCUGGAUAAACAGUCUGCCCAGUGGCCUGACUGCCUAGGCGGUGGAAGUGAAUUUAAAAGGUGGAGAGAAAUGUUGCAGGGCGGCUCCUGCACGGGAGUUGCCUACAGCUUGUUUAAAGGCUGAGGGUCAGAUUUGUAGGAUUGGCCAGUUGACGCUGCUCUGCUUGCAGUCCACGCUGGCUGUGGUACCCUUGGGUACAACUAUACAGCAAGCAGGAUCCCCUGGCAGCGAGACUCGUAGCCCAGGUCUAAAGGCUCAGGCUCCUGCUGUGGCGUUAAAAAUUGUGGAACUGGAAGGGACCUCAAGAGAUCAUCUGGUUUAGUCCUCUGCACUCACGGCCAGACUAAGCAUUAUCUAGACCAUCCCUGACAGAAGGCUGAGACCAAAGAGGAAUUUGUUAAAGUCAGAAAGAGAGAUUUGGAGAGACUGACAACUGAAGUGAUGCAGAUACGAGACUUCCUACCUCGAAUACUGAAUGGAGAUGUCUUGGAGAGCUUCCGGAAAUUGGAUGUUAUUGAAACAAACAUGGGGAAAAGAGAACAAGAACUAGAGCAGGUGAGAAUGGAUUGUGAACACUUCAAAGCCCGUCUGGAAACAGCCCAAUCAGAUUGCAUGAGGGAGAAAAAGGAGAAACUAGACCUUCGACAGCAGCUGAAUGAGGCAAGACAGCAACUACUGCAACAGGCAGAAUAUUGUACAGAAAUGGGAGCUGCAGUCUGUACUUUGUUAUGGGGUGUCUCUAGCAAUGAGGAAGCAGUUAAAAACAUUCUAGGAGGGAGCAAAGCAGUAAAGUUUUUCACAAUUACGGGACAAACUAUGGAGAGCUUUGUGAGGUCAUUAGGUGAAGAUACCAAACACCAAGAUCUGGAUUCUGAUGAAAAUCAGUUUGUAUUAGCUUUGGCAGGGAUUGUGACAAAUGUUGCUGCAUUGGCAUGUGGCCGUGAAUUCCUGGUUAAUUCAAGUCAGGUGUUGUUGGACACAAUGAUGCAACUUCUGGGAGACAUGAAGCCAGGACUCUGUACCAAACUGAAAGUGCUAAUUCUGAUGUCAUUGUACAAUGUGAGCAUCAACGUGAAAGGCUUGAAAUACAUUAGUGAAAGUCCAGGUUUUAUUCCAUUACUUUGGUGGCUAUUGAACGACCCAGAUACAGAAGUGUGUCUGCAUGUUCUACGGCUUCUCCAGUCUGUGAUUCUAGAGCCAGAAGUUUUAGCAAAGUCAGCACCUGAGAUGCGUGACACCUUGCCAUUUCAACGUAUCAUAGCACUGUCAAAGAGCCGCAGUGCAGAACUGCAAACACUGGCGCAAGAACUGCUUGAAGACCUCAAAAUCCUAGAGUGUGAAGUGUAGAGAUAUAGUCGUUGGAGUAUUAUGACAUCAAUUGUUUACAUUUUCCCCAUAUUUUUAUGCUGCAAGGAUAUGCAAAAUAUUAUAGCAGAUUAAAAAUAUACAUAUUGAGUAAUUAGGAGAGAUGGACUUGGAUUGAAUCAUUUCAAUCUAUCUAGUUACCUGUAUCAGAAUCCCUGCCUGAAGCCAGAUAACCCAGUCCAAAUAAUACUUGAAAAAAAGCAUAUGUUGUUUGUUAGGUGCCUGAACAUAAUCCUAGAAGAGCUCCCAGAAGAAUGACAGGUUUAAUUUAUUUCAUAGGGUUUUAUUGAUAACGUGUUUCAAAAGUGAUCCAAACCAUAUGACCAGUUGGUGAUACAUAGGGAAUAAAAUAAUCAUCUGAACUAUAGGUAGCACAUUCUUUAUUUUCAAGGAUAGCCAACCUUUUUGGUCCAAUUCAGCCCAUCUCUAAUUAUUAGUAUGCUAAAAGUAAACUUUGAUGCUUUUUAUAACUCUAGUGUUUCAGAAGACAUAAGAAAUUUCAUUUUUGUUCAUUUUGUUUUCUCUAUCCUUUCUAAUCAAAGACAAUUGGAAUUGUGUGGAGUGUAUUAGAUUCUGCUUCAGAAUUUUUCAUUCAAAUUCAGUGGAGGUGCUGGAGAACUGAGUUUGCAGCUGCCGUGAAUAAUAGCAACUGAGCUUCCCAUAGGCCCUGCAGAAGGGAAAAGAUUGCUGUGGUCUCAAUAUACUGAGUUCCGUAGCCAAAGAGCCUAAAAUUAAUUACUGCUCUGUCAUGAGUACUGGUGUAUUUAUAUGAAAUUCUCAUUAAUUAUUAGGGCUAAACUUGCUUACCUCAAUUAAAAAAAACCCAAACCAGCUAUAUUAUAUACUUUGUAAUGCUAUAAUUUAUGUCUAUGAUAACGCUGUCAUUUCCAGUUUUCUUGUGUUUGUAACAUAGCUUGCAAUGUGACAAUGUUGGAGACAGUGACAGAGAAGAUAUACUUUUAUAGAAACGACAACUUCCUCUUACCCACUGGUAUUAUGGUUCUUCACUAAUGAAGCCAACACAUUAAGAAAAAUGCAGAUCCCAACAUGUUAACAAAAAUGCAACACUGGUGUCUUGUCCAUCGUCUGUGCAGAAGACUCAGAACACAAUCUUCUGAAAUCAACUUUAGCCACUUUUGUUGUUGUGUCUUGCAUCUGCAUCAUGCUACAGCAUUUUUUUUAUUAUUCAAAUAGCACAAGACAAAAAACAAUGUCAAGUUUAAAAGUUCUAUCUCUGUUCAGCAAAGCACUUAACAUAGGCUUAACUUUGAUUUGGGAUUUAAGCACAGGCUAAAAGUUAAGCACACAUUUAAGUGGUUUGCUAAAGUGGGGCCCUAGUGCCACUGAACUCAUUGAUGACACAAUGCCGCAUAAUUGGUUACAUGAAAUCAAGUGCAAGUCCAGUCAAAUACAUAAAAAGAAUCCUGUAGCUACUUCUUUUUAAUAUAUAUACAAAGUUGUUCUGCUUAGGGUGGAGUCCUUAGCAUAAAUGCAUUGUGUCCCUUAAUUAGCUAUUAUGGCGAAUGGGUCGUUUUACAGCUGAGGAACUAUAAAAUGCAUUAGAUAAAGACAUAGUUGCAAGAGCUUCCAUGAAUAGGGGUUUUGCACAAUGCUACAAAUAUUCAAUGCUAGAAAAUUUAGUAGAAAUGGAUAUAAAGCUCCUCAUUGCAGAAAUUUGCCAAUAUACUAAAACAUUCAAUUGAUCCUAAUUAGCACUGAAUGAAAAAAUACAAUAUAUAGACUUCCCAGAAUGCAUGCCAUAAAUCAAAGGGUUAUCACAAAAUAUGAGACGGAUAUCACAAAUGAAGUUACAUAAGUGUGGGUAAAAGAAAGAGAUGCCAGGAGCACUUAGUGGGAGUCAUACUAUUUCUGAUCCAAGAAUAUACAAUACUCACUAUAUGUAGAUGUUAGUCAGAGUAAAAUCUCGUAAGUAUUAAAAUACAUUUUCUUUGAAUUUGUUUUCUUACCUUGACCAAACCCCAUCCCAUGAUGAAAUCAAAAUGGUGAUAGCCUGUAAUUUCCUGGACUAUCAACUCAAGAAAGUGUUUAAUUUUAAAGUAUAGUAAAAGGCAAAAACCAAAGUCUAAUCAGAUACUGUACUUAUCAGCUGAAGGAUGUGUUCUCCCAUUAAUGUUUUUAAUCAAACCAUUGGAAGCCAGUAAGCAACAGGAAAAAAAAGUAAGUGUGUGUGUGUGUGUGCUUAGGCAUGCACAGCACUUCCAUCCACAUUGGAGGCUUUGGUAAAACCCUUACAACUUUAUCUUAUCUUUAUCUUAUGGUACCUAGGGUUACUAAAGCUGGGAGCUCACCAUUUGAAGCACUGUGUCAGUUACACCUGCUCUGAAUUGAAUGUUUUUGUAGUGAAUAGUCUUCAUUUUGUGCCUUGAUUCAUAUCCAUGUGACCAGUACUGGAAAUUAAGCAGUUAAUCUGAUAGUGAGCAUCAGUACAUCUCCCAGCUCCCUUUCUCCAAGAUUUAACUUGCUGGGGCUAUGGUCCCUUCUAGUCAGACGUAAUGCUAUGGAUCCACCAAUUUUGAGGAAAUACCUGUUUAGUUUUAAAAGUUUAAUUAUGCUAUUUUAAUAAAUAAGUAAAAGUAUAGCUGGCUCUGUAAAACUCACUGUAUCUUCUGAAACACUUGAAUUAUGAAAAACUCCAGAAACAAACAGUGAUAAAACAGAUAAUGUUUUAAGAUCAUUAUUACAUUUUUAAACAUGUUGUUUUUAUUGAAGCGUUCAACCUGUUUGUUACAGUUCUUAGUAAAAUUGUUGUUCAUUACUUGGUUUUAUGCAAAAGAAAAGGUAUUUUGUUUGGGUUUUGUUGGUGCAAAGGAAAUGAUAGUUCAGUAUAUUGCUUUUUUCAGUUCACACAAAAAAGUUUCAAAGAGUCAAAAGGACUGAACUGUUUUGAAGUCAGAGGAACCUGUUUUAAAUUUUGUUUUUCAUGAAAGCCUUCACUCUGUAAAUAUUGUGGUGGAAUAAAUAGUACCUUACUAGCUGUAGUACUUAUCAAUAGCUUUAAUAUCUUGUUGCUGUGUUUUUCUUCCUGUAUCCCAGAUUCAGUAGGCCCAGGAGUCAGCCUCCUUCUCCAGAUUGCUGAGACCUGGAAGCAAUCUGUUACUGGUUACAUUUAAUAGAACCUUUUGUAGUGGGAGUAAAGUUUGAUGGCUUCCAAACACAGAUCAUCUGACACAUCCUAGUUCUAGUUGUUUUCGGUUUUGAUGUCCAUUUCACUAGUAAUAAAACAGGGCAAACAGUUUAUCUUAUCUAGUGUUACUUUAAAGAUAGGAGCUCAUCAUUUGAAGCACUGUGUCAGUUACACCUGCUAUGAAUUGAAUGUUUUUGUAGUGAAUAGUCUUCAUUUAGUGCGUUGAUUUAUCUCCAUGUGACCAGUACUAGAAAUUAAGUAGUUAGAUUAUUGUGGGUCCCGCACCCCCCCAAAAUUAUUCAUUUUAGGGAGUUUAUAAAUACGGGAAAGAAGCUGGCUUUAUUGAAAUAAACAGAUGGUUACUCAAAG